AUGUGCUCACUCGCCGCCUCACAACCUCUCACGAACGGCCCAGGUCCUAUAAUUGACGACAAAAAAACCAUCCCCAGCAGCCUCUUCAACCAUGCCCAGACCCUCGAGGCUCCUUUGCCAAACCCUUCUCUUCAAGUCACCGCAGAUCACAACCUGAAGAGGGUCGAUGCGCCUGUAUAUGCGCCCCAAACCGGCGAGGUCCUUCUUCAUGUCAAGGCGACUGGCAUCUGCGGCUCGGAUGUUCAUUUUUGGAAAACAGGGUGUAUAGGAUCCCUUGUCUUCGAGGGCGAUUGCAUCAUUGGGCAUGAAGCCGCGGGUGUGGUGAUUCGCGUUGGUGAAGGCGUUGAGGACCUCAAGGCCGGUGAUCGAGUAGCUGUUGAACCUGGAGUUCCCUGCGGACAUUGCUUCCUGUGUAAAGACGGCCGAUACAACCUCUGCGAAGAUGUUAAGUUUUCAGGCGUCUACCCUUAUGCUGGUACUUUGCAGCGAUAUAAAGUCCACCCUGCCAAAUGGCUUCACAAACUCCCUGAUAGUGUCUCUUUCGCUGAAGGCGCCCUCCUCGAGCCUUUGAGCGUCGUUCUCCACGGCAUAAACUCCGCACCCAUCACCCUCGGAACACCGGUCGUUAUCUGUGGCGCUGGCCCUAUUGGUCUUCUAGCCCUUGCCGCUGCGCGAGCUUCAGGUGCUCAUCCCCUCGUCAUUACUGAUAUCGAGCCCAAGCGACUAGCGUUUGCAAAGGAGCUGGUUCCUGCUGCUGUGACGUAUCAGGUUGAUAUGGCCAAGAGCAGUGAGGAGAACGGCAAGGCUGUUAGGCAGUUGUUUGGCGAGACAGAAUAUGUUCAGCCUAGGGUUGUGUUUGAGUGUACGGGUAUCGAAAGCAGUGUCUGUUCAGCCGCGUAUAUGGUGCGUCGCGGGGGUGUUCUCAUGGUCGUUGGUGUCGGCCGUUCCAUCAUGAACAACCUGCCCUUUAUGCAUUUAUCUCUUGCUGAGAUCCAACUUCGAUUUAUCAACCGUUUCUCUUCGACGUCCAAUGGCAACUUUUUGAGCUUCACCGACUCGCUCAUCAAGACCAUGGGCGCAACUCAAUUCUACCGCUCUCAAAUCGGUGAGGAGUCUGUCAUCGACUACUCCCAUACCGACCUUCCCUUCAAGCUUCUUGCCAAAGACAUCUACUACUUCUGUGUCUACAUAUGGGCACUGCCAUGGAUCGUAUGGCCCGUGUAUCCUUUCAAGUCCAAGGACUUUGACGAGCUGUACCCGUCAUCUCAAAACAUCUUCUGCAUCGUCGUGCACCUUGUCCUAGUCAUCCUUCAGCUGGGAUUUCUACUAGCAUUACCAUUUGCUGUAGUCUUGCCAGUUUGGCUGGCGGCAGCGGCUAUCGCUGGUUUUAUGACGCUGAACUGGCUGCUCUGCAAGCUUCUGAAUGGAAACCAAGAGACAUAUACGUCAGACGAGAAGUACGCCAAGGCCUUGCCCGAGCAUGCUCAUGAGCAGUGGGUUUUCUUGAACGGCGUUGCUGUUGGAGAGCAUUGGAUGAAAUCAAAUCUCAAUCGAUUGGCCUUGACCUUUGGGCGACCUAUCCUAGGAAUCCACAAUCAAACUUCUGGAAUUCUGUUCGAUGUUGUCGAAUGCUUAAUCCAACGAAACUUUGGCUACGCAACCGGAGAUGUCAGAAUCUGCUUCCGACUUCUCAAAGACAUCUUAUACGAUGAGAGCAAGUCCAAGGUCAUAUUCGUGCUUCACUCUCAAGGAGGAAUCGAAGGCGGCCUCGUUCUCGACUGGCUGUUGCAGGAGUUACCGCAGGAUCUCAUGUCCAAGCUUGAGGUCUACACCUUUGGAAAUGCUGCAAACCACUUCAACAACCCCCAUCGCCAUAGAGCUUCACAGACCCUAUCUCGCCUCAAGCCUCUCUCCGCCAUGAGCACAAUCUUGACCGAGUCCUCCUUCGACUCCCCUACCAAGAGCCCCCAUGAACCCAAAGAUGGGCUUAAUAUCAAGACUCGCAAUCCCGUUAGAAAGGAGUCUUCCAGUGUGUCAACCCGAUCGAUUUCAGCUGCCAAAGACAGAUGUAUCUUGCACGUUGAGCACUAUGCGAAUAGUACAGAUUUCGUUGCUAUCUGGGGCAUCUUGCACUUCGCCACAAACCGAAUGGAAUCCCGAGAACUUCCCAGAUUCCAGGGAAGGCUGUUCUCUCGUGCAGACGGCCGUCACGGUGGGCACCAAAUGAACCAGCAUUACCUCAACGCCAUGUUUCCUCUGAAGACAGAUGCCGAGACGGGAGAGUAUGUGGGCGCCGACGAAGACAACGAGUUCAUGAACGAGAUCAUCAAGGUCGGCGAAGAAGGCAGCGCCUCCUCCAACGCAAGAGAAGCUUUCGAGAUAUCCUGGGCUGGAACCCAGGGAUUCGGAUCUGGCGAUGCUUCCACACCGAUCGAGGUGCAUGGAAUCUCAAACAAAUUCAAAGAUGUAAACGGCGAGCAUGAUAUUCGCGUAAAGAAUGUCAGCCGUCUCUGGAGCUACCGAAAUGGUCGAAGCCCAGUGGAAUUGCCCCCCAUGUUGGUUGCCGAGAAUGGUGUUCCUAGAACAGCUACCUUAUAA